AUGCCGGAGGCUACUGACGUCGCAGACGUGGACCCACCCGUACGUCUGUCGUUACCUCUCGAAUUCCAGCAAGAAGUCUUCCACGAGCUCCGCGACGAGGACAUCCUCCUCAUUCUCGCCCGCGGGCUGGGCCUCCUCCGACUAGUCACCAAUCUCCUCCACUCCUACGAUGCGGCCGGACACAAUCUGGUCAUCCUCAUCGGCGCCGAGGACCGUGAGAAUGACUGGAUCGGUGAGUCGCUGGCAGAGCAUGCCGCCGUGAGCGGGAGUCCGAAGUGUCGCGGCAUGCAGCUGGUGAACACGGACUUGACGAAUGUCGGGACACGGGAGAAGAUGUACAAAAGAGGCGGCAUAUGCUCUGUUACAAGUCGGAUAUUGAUCGUGGAUUUUCUAAGUGGUCUGCUAGACCCGGCGAUGGUGACAGGCGUGGUAGUGCUACACGCAGAUCGAAUGGCGGCGACGAGCUUGGAGGCUUUCAUCGUGCGGAUAUACAGGCAGAAGAAUAAGAAGGGCUUCUUGAAAGCAUUCUCGGAUCAGCCUGAGCCAUUCACGUCUGGAUUUCAGCCGUUGUCGAACAUUCUACGGAAUCUGUUCUUGCGCAAGCCGGUACUGUACCCGCGGUUCCAUGCCACUGUGGCCAAGUCGCUGGAGGGCCGGCGGAAGGCAGAGGUCAUUGAGCUGGAAGUGCCUAUGACGGAGGCUAUGCGAGAUAUUCAGAAUGCGGUCAUGGAGUGUGUGGAAGUGUCAAUAGCCGAGUUGAAAAAGGCAAAUCCAGGACUCGAAAUGGACGACUGGAACCUGGACAGCGCGCUACAUCGAUCCUUCGACUCUAUCGUGAGGAGACAGCUGGACCCAGUCUGGCAUCGAACGAGCUUCCGGACACGGCAGAUUGUACGAGAUUUGGGCAUACUCCGGCAGAUUCUGCAUUCUCUGCUUGUUCUCAAUGCAGUCGACUUCCACAAAUAUCUGGAUACCGUGCUUGCCGCCUCAGCGCCACCACAAGGGUCAAAUCGGAAUAACCAGUCGCCUUGGCUUUUCCUCGAUGCAGCGCAUACUUUGUUUGACUCCGCGAAAAGACGAGUGUACACUGGCAAGAUAAGUGAAGGCCUGGCAACGACAGAAACCGAUGGUCUAAAUCCUGUUCUUGAAGAGAUGCCGAAGUGGGCUCUAUUGGCUGAGAUCUUGGAAGAGAUAGAAAGGGACGUCUACUUCCAUCCUCAGACUCAAGAUGAGUCUAGUGGCAGUAUCUUGAUCAUGUGUGGCGACCAGGGAACAUGCAGACAGCUGCGCGAAUACCUUCAAACCGCGUACAAAGAGUCAGAUGAGCAGAGACUGUCUAGCAAUGAGAACGAGCCUUUUGAGCGGAAGCCGAGCGCGAAAUAUAUGCUACGGCGCAAGCUUCGAUACUACCUACAGUGGAAGACGGACUUCGCUCGGGUGAGCAGCAAUCUCUUUGCCGCGAAUCAGAAAGAGAUCAACGGCACUUCUACCAAUGGUCAAGGCAAUCGCGGAGGCAGAGCUCCUCCUAACAAGCGACGAAGGGUUCGAGGAGGUGGCAGUGGCGGUGCUGCACCCUCGCGAACCAUCGGUGGUACUGUUCAAGUCGCAGGAGACAAGGACGCCCACAUUCAGUCUCUUCUACGCGAGCUGGCCCAGAACGAAGCCGAGGAUAACAACGCUACCAGGGUCGACCUCGGAGCAGAUCCACUUGACGACAUGGAAGAUUAUUACGAACUUUACGACAUGAAAGAUCUUGUAUUAGUACACCCUUAUGAUGGUGACAAAGAUGAUCACCUGCUUGAAGAAGUCAAGCCGAGAUAUGUAAUUAUGUACGAACCGGAUGCGGCCUUUAUCAGGCGAAUAGAGAUGUACCGGAGCAGUCACGGGAAUCGACAGGUCCGGGUGUACUUUAUGUACUAUGGAGGGAGUGUGGAGGAGCAGCGAUAUCUGUCUGCAGUGCGUCGAGAGAAGGACUCUUUCGCGAAGCUCAUCCGAGAACGUGGAAAUAUGGCUUUGACGUUCACCCACGACACCGACAACAUGGAUCCGCAAGAAAGCUUCCUCCGCACGGUCAAUACUCGAAUCGCAGGCGGAGGUCGUCUUGCAGCUACCGCCGAACCACCACGAGUCGUCGUCGACGUGCGCGAAUUCCGCAGCAGCUUGCCCUCACUCAUCCACGGCCGCAACAUGGUGGUCGUACCCUGCAUGCUGACAGUCGGCGACUACGUCUUGACUCCAGACAUCUGCGUCGAGCGAAAAAGCAUCAAAGAUCUGAUAUCCUCCUUCUCCGAUGGACGCCUCUACAACCAAGCCGAGACGAUGCUACAGUACUACAAAGCACCCAUGCUGCUCAUUGAAUUCGACGCUCAGAAAGCUUUCACCCUCGAACCAUUCGCCGACUACUCCGCUUCCAGCAGCAGCAAUCUCGUUGGCUCGGACUUACAGUCCAAGCUCGUGCUGCUCACCCUCGCCUUUCCACGACUACGCAUCAUCUGGUCUAGCUCUCCGUACCAAACCGCCGAGAUUUUCGAAGAGCUGAAGAAGCAGCAAGACGAACCUGACCCGAUCCGUGCGGUGCAGCUGGGAUUGGGAGAAGGGGAAGAUGCAGAGACAAGGACUUUCAAUCAGACGCCGCAGGAUAUGCUUAGAGCGGUGCCAGGUGUCAAUGCGAAAGUGCUUCAGACGCUGAUCUUGAAGUUUGACAAUGUGAUGGACGUGGCGAAUUCGGAUGGGUCAGAGUUGGAGAAGUUGGUGGGUGGGCAGGCGUCGAGGCAGAUUCGUGGGUUCUUUGAUAGGAGGGUUAUGGAUGAUGUGGUUGGUGACUGA